AGAACAAGCCCCAAGAGGGGAGGCGGGGCAAUCUAGCCCUGGAACAGGUGGAGCAGAGGCCUCCGGGAAACCGGAAGUUAAGAUCGUAACCAGUCCCCUUUCCUCCGCCUUUCCAUAUCUUGUCCCGCCUCGGCCCCGUAUCCCGCCCAGGAACUCCCUCCGCCCCGCGCCUCAAACCUGGAGAUAAAGCUGGGAAAAGAUGUAGUAACUUCACCAGAUGGACUCACUGGGGCUACUUUACUGCUUCUACAGGGAGCUUGGAGUUCCAGGGAUGGCCUUUGAGAGGGACAGACUCCUAGCCCAGGAGGUGGUGACGUUCAAGGAUGUGGCUGUGGAGUUCACUCGGGAGGAGUGGCACCUCUUGUCUUCUCCCCAGAAGGAGCUGUUCAAGGAGGUGAUGCUGGAGAAUGCCUGGAACCUGCUCUUUGUGGAAGGAGAGAUCAGACCUGAAAUGAAGGUGAAUCCAACAGAGGUGAGCUUUUCUUUGGAAGAAAUGAACCUACAGUGUUUCAUGAGUGAUUGUCCCAACUUUGCUUUUAGAGAAUUCUGUGUUGCACCUCAAAAUUUAUCUCAUAUUGAACAUCAAAGAAUGAACACUGAGGAAAAAUCUACUGAAAGUUAUCGGUGCAGAAAGACUUUUUUACAGAGGGCCAGUCUUGCUAGACAUCAGAGAAUCCACACUGGGAAGAAAUCUUAUGAAUGCAAUCAGUUUGGAAGAACAUUCAGUUAUACUUCUAGACUUGCUGUACAUGAGAAAGUCCACUCUGGGGAGAAACCUUAUGAAUGCAAACAGUGUGGAGAGACAUUCAGUCGGAGCUCCUGUCUUGCUGUACAUCAGAGAAUGCACACUGGGGAGAAACCUUAUGAAUGCAAUCAACGUGAAAAAACAUUCAGUCAGUGCUCUGGUCUUGCUGCACAUCAGAGAAUUCAGAAUGUGCAGAAACCUCAUGAAUGCAAGCAGUGUGGAAAAACAUUCAGUCAGAGAUCUGGUCUUGCUAUACAUCGGAGAAUCCACACUGGGGAGAAACCUUAUGAAUGCCACCAAUGUGGAAAGUCAUUCACAGGGUAUUCUAGUCUUGUUAGACAUCAGAGAAUCCACACUGGGGAGAAACCUUAUGAAUGCAAGCAGUGUGGAGAGACAUUCACUCAGAACUCCCAUCUUGCUGUACAUCAGAGAAUCCAUACUGGGGAGAAACCUUAUGAAUGCAAGCAGUGUGGAAAGACAUUCAGUCAGAACUCCCAUCUUGCUAGACAUCAGAGAAUGCAUACUGGGGAGAAACCUUAUAAGUGUAACCAAUGUGGGAAGACAUUCAGUAAUAGCUCUGGUCUUACUGUACAUCAGAGAAUCCACACUGGGCAGAAACCUUAUGAAUGUAACCAAUGUGGAAAGACAUUCAGUCAUUACUCUGGUCUUGCUCUACAUCAGAGAAUCCAUACUGGGGAGAAACCUUAUGAAUGCAAGCAGUGUGGAAAGACAUUCAGUCAGAGCUCCCAUCUUGCUAGACAUCAGAGAAUGCACACUGGAGAGAAACCUUAUAAGUGUAACCAAUGUGGGAAGACAUUCAGUAAUAGCUCUGGUCUUACUGUACAUCAGAGAAUCCACACUGGGCAGAAACCUUAUGAAUGUAAUCAAUGUGGAAAGACAUUCAGUCAUUACUCUGGUCUUGCUCUACAUCAGAGAAUCCAUACUGGGGAGAAACCUUACGAAUGUAACCAAUGUGGAAAAACAUUCAGGCAGAGCUCCAAUCUUGCUGUACAUCAGAGAAUGCACUCCGGGGAGAAACCUUAAAUAUAUAAGUUAUGUGGAAAGAUGUUCACAUACAGCUCCAAUCUUGCUAUUGUGUGAAGGAAAUUUACCCUCCACCCCUUUCUGGGCCAGUAUAACUGUUUUGAGCCUGAACUUGACUCAGAGUCUAAGGUUGCAUGAUGUAAGCCAUUGAGUGAAGAUAGAUUGGCAAAAAGAUAAAGGCAGCAAUGGAGUUGAGAGAUCACAACAUGAGGCCAGGGUCAUGUUCCUUGUGCUGCUCCAUGGACUGUCCCCCUUGCCAGUUCAGGCAAAAUAGAAAGCCACAGUUGCUUCCUGAGAUGAGGUUUGUGAGUUAGUGGGAGGAGAAAAGGUUUGAUAAAAUGAGGCAAGAGUGGAUAUCCAAGCUCUUCUCUUUAAGUUUGCUGGCUGGACUUACCUGUGAGCAUGGGCUAGGGUGCCCUAAUGGUUGCCACAGAAUAAAUGGAGCAGUAUGGAAAGUCUAUCCUAUUUUUCCAUCUUUUCCUCCUGGUACCUUAAUUUAAAUAAAACUGAUUUAGGGCCAGUCUCAUAAUUUUCCUUCUACUAUACAUCACACCACAGACAUUCACAUUGAUUUCUCACCUUGCCCAAAAUUAGACAGUUCAAUCUACUGUGCCAUAAUCCCCUAAGAUGAGGUCCAAAUGAUUUAAGCAUAAAGUGUGAUCCCUUAAGAUAAUUAAGGAAGUACAGAACAGUUUAAGUUUCAGAUCAAUUUUUUGAUAAAGGAAGAAUUUCUGAACAAAUAAGAAAUAGAUAACAUUAUGAUGCUUAAAAUAGGUAAUUAUAUUAAAUUCAAAACUUUAUAUAAUCAAAACUAAUGUAACCAAGAUUAAAAUUGGAAACAAGAAGUUAUUUCAUUUAUAAUUAAAUAUUUCAGUUUUUAAAACUUCUAACCCUAUUCUUCAAUGCAUUAAUUUAUCAUUUCAGAGUAUCUGGAUCCAAAGAGGAGUUAAUUUAGGAAGGGAAUGAUAUCUUUGCUCUAAAGAAGUUAUUUAGAUUAGCAUCAUUUCCUUUAAAAAUUUUUCCCAAUAAUUCCUAGGAAGCAAAAGUUAAAAGAAAAAAGAUAUUGUGGAUUUCAAAUAUAAAAUGAAAUUAUUGGCAUCCCAAUGACUUCUAUUCUGUUGAAUGCAUUGUCAAAAUAACUAUUUUACAUAGAAAAUCACCAUGCAUCUAUCAGCUUGACACUCUGGACUAAUUAUACCAAGAGACCAGUAUAACUGAUACAAUUACACUUAUUUAUAUAAUUUUUAAACCUAUCACUUAUCAAAUCUUAAGCCUGUUUUACAAUAAGGUCUGUCCUACAUAUGUGGCAAAAAUUCAUCACACAAGUUAAGAACUUCAAGCUAAAUAGGUUUAUUGGGAGGAGGGUAGACUCCCAAUAAAGCCAGACCCUGGUCAAAUCAAGAGUAGAGUCCCUGAGCCUUAGGAGAUAGCUUUUUUAUGCCAAAUCUGAUGGCACUGACAGAAAAUACAGUCACAAUGAAAAUAGAAUGAAUGCAAAAUCCUUCAUAUGGGCAUCUUAAUUGAUUACAUAAGUGCUUAUUAAUUUGGUAAGUGUAAAAAUGAUCAGUAUGGGUUGUAACUGUGCAGUACUCAGUCAGGGUCUUGGUGUUUUUACUGAUGAUUAUGGUUGAAUAAUAGGAGUUAAGCAUUUUGGUUAACUGAUAUGUGAAAACAAGAGUAUCCCUCCACUUCCUGUGUGACUUGUUCUACAAAUGAGAUCAUCCUUCCUCUUUUUUGUCUGACCAUCUUGUUAUACACCCAAGGUGGAUAUGGUAGGAUUUAUGGAAUCUCUUGGGUUAUAAGCUUUAGGUCUGGUUGUAAACAAAUUUUGAUAGUACCCCAAACUAAUCCUUUUAGCUAAUGGUUAUAAUUUUUAUAAAGCAAACUAUUAUUUGACUGAACUCAAAACUCUUGAUUGUGUUACAAAAAUAAUCAUGAAGGCCAAUACAUAAGACAGGGGGUUGGUUUUAUGAGGGGGAAUAAAAAAUAGAAUAUUGGCUAAUUUCAUUGUUCAAAAAAGGAAAGAACAUUCAAUUGCCUAUAUCAAAAAUGAAAAGGAUAAAUAUAUCUCCAAUGAAAAGGAAAUAGAAGCAAUCACUAGGAACUGUUUGCCCAUUAUAUGACAAUACAUCUGACAAUAAUGGAUGAAUAUUUACAAAAAUAUAAACGUCCCAGCUUAAUAUAAGAGGAAAUAGAAUACGUAAAUAAUCCUGUCUCAGAAAAAAAGAAAUUGAACAGACCAUCAAUGAAUUCCCUAAGAAAAAAAUCUCCAGGUCCAGGUGGAUUCACAAGUGAAUUCUAUCAGACAUUUAAAGAACAAUCCCAAUACUAUAUAAACUAUUUGGUAAAAUAAGCAUAGAAGGAGUCCUGUAAGAUCCUAAGCUAGGAAGACCAAAAACAAAAUUAUAGAGCAGUUUCCUUAAUGACUGUCAAUGCUGAAACCUUAAAUAAAUACUAGCAAAGAAACUACAGCAAUCUAUCAUAAGGAUUAUUCUAUAUGACCAGGUGGGAUUUAUAUAUACUGGGAAUGCUAGACUGGUUUUAUAUUAGGAAAACUAUACGCAUAAUUGACCAUAUCAAUAAUAAAACUGAAGAUAGGAUGAACUGUCCCCCUUUCUAUUUUUAAAUAAAUCAAGAGCUUAAAGUAUCCCCAUUUGACACUAAAAGUUCUCAAAUCACUUACUAGAGUAAGCUCACACAUCCAAAGGUCACUGCUCCCUGUUCCUGUUGCUUUAUGCAAAUGAAAGAGGAAAAGAGACAGGGCAAUCUGUGCUCUAAGGACACGUUUGUUUUCUCUACUGGACUUUUCAUAUCAAAAUCUCCCAUUAUUUAUAAGUCAAUCAAUCAACAAUUGUUCAACUUAGUAAGUGACAUCUGUGUGUCAAGCACUAUACUUAACGCUGCAUAUACAGGCACAAGUUAUCAAACAAACCUUGCUUCCAAGACAUUCAGCCUGUGUUUAGUGAACAUUUGCUCUAUGAUAGGCACUAUAUUCAGUACAAGGGAUGCAAAGGAAGGGAAAAAGAAAAGCAGACCCUGCCUUCAGGAAGCACAGAAUCUACGAGGGAUGUACACUAAUGUAUGUGCAUCAUAAAUACAAAGUGCAGAUAUACAACUAACACUUGUUAAAGAAAGUUUUUUUCUUUUUUGCUUAGAAACAACAUAGGAGCAAGGAGUAUUUUGAGUCCUCUACCAUUACCAGUAAAUCAAGAGAUAGGGGAGAAAGUGUACCUAGCACUAGACAGGUUAGCAAAAGAAGCAAUGCUGCCAACAAUGAGCCAUGUCUUGGGGAAGGCUAGAAAAGAAAGUGGAUGAGAGAAGUCAGAUUAAGAUGAAAAGAAAUUUAUUAUGGGGCAGGAAUUUCAGAGAGCACAAUGAUAGUUUGGAUUGGAUAGCUGCUAUUCAGAGACCUUUAAACUAAAAUUUUUUGGACCCAAUAGGAAUUAAAUUUUAAUGGUUUGACUAGGAUAUAUGAAAAUUAUAAAUAAUAAUAAUAAUAAUAAUAAUAAAUAACCACCCAAAUGGUGGUUGCCAAUUUAAAGUAUUAUUUAAAGUAUUGCUCAAAGUUGAAAUGAAUUAAUAGCUUUUAUUUACAAAAGAGGUGGAAAAAGUGAAAGUAGAGAAAUACAAAAAGGUAGAGAAGACAUUUAGCCUAUUUAAAUACUGCAUUAAAUAACAGUGUUUUUGCAGAAACUAAACCACUACAACAAAGAUGAGAAGGAAAACAACAAACUGGAAAAAUGUUUACAUCAAGUGUCUUUGACAAAGUCCUCCUUUCUUAUACAUAUGGUGAAAUGAGUUAAAUUUAUGACAAUACAAAUGAUUUCUCAAUUCAUAAAUGGUCAAAUGAUAUGAACAUAGCUUUAGAUGAAGGAACUUCAGUUACCUAAAGUCGUGUUAAAAAUAUACCCAAAUCAGAGGGCAGCUGGGUAGCUUAGUGGAUUGAGAGUCAAGCCUAGAGACGGGAGGUCCUAGAUUCAAAUCUGGCCUCAGACACUUCCCUGUUUUGUGACCCUGGGCAAGUCACUUGACCCCCAUUGCCUAGCCCUUAUCACUCUUCUGCCUUGGAACCAAUACACAGUAUUGAUUCCAAGAUGGAAAGUAAUGGUUUCAAAAAAAUACAGACCCAAUCUAUUGACUAGGAAAAUACAAAAUAGAAUAAUUAUGUGGGACCACCUCACACCUAUCAGAUUGACUAAUAUGACAGAAAAAAGAAGUUAUAAAUGUUGGAGGGAAUGUGGGGAAAUUAUAUCCUAAUGCACCGUUGGAGAUGUUAAUUGCUUUUUAUCAUUCUGAAGAGCCAUUUGGUGGCACAACUGAAGGGCUAUAAAAUGGUGUAUACCCUUUGAUCCAGCAAUAGCACUACUGAGGCUACAUCCCAAGGCGAUCCAAAAAAAGGGAAGAGAACCUAUUAGUAUGAAAAUAUCUAUUCCAGCUCUUUUUGUGGUGACAAAAAAUUGGAAACCAAGGGGGUGUCCAUCAGUGGGGGAAUGGCUGAAAAACUUGUGCUGUACAAUUAUAAUCAAAUACUGUCAUGUUCUAAGAAAUAACCAAUAGAAGGAUUUCAGAAAAGCGUAGAAAGAAUUCUAUGAUGUGAUACAGAGUAAAGGGAGGAGAGGCAAGAGACAAUCCUGUACAGGAAUAACAAUAUUGUAGGACGAUAAGCUCUAAAUGACACAGGUAUUCUCAGCAAUGCAAUGAUCACAGACAACUCAAAAGGACUCAUCAUGAAAAACCUUAUAUACAUCCAGAGAUAGAAAGCAUGAAAUUUGAAUGCAAAUUGAAGCAUAUUAUUUUUACUUUCUUUUCUUCUUUCAAAAUAUGUAAAAAUGUAAAACACCAAACAAGAAAUAGAUGAGACUCCAUCCCAGUUUAUGGAUAGAAAAUGAUAACUCAAACAAAUUAAAUCCACAACAGUAUAACUUAAGUGGAGCUUGCUCAAAAAAUACUCAGGGUACAACUGCCCCUCCACGUGGGGCAGAAGGUGGUGCCUCUUAAACUCUGUAGAUUUUGUUGAUAUUAAUUAACCCUUUUCAGUUGUGUCUGCCCUCCAAAUAGUAGCAAAGACAAAGAAAUGGAUUUUUUAAAAAUACAGUACCUUUGUGACUGAUUAUACCUUCUGUUGAUAAUGAAUUCUUCCUUUUUACACAAAAAUCUAGUCCUUUUUUCUCUCUUAAGAUAUGGCAACUUCCUGUAGUCCUGACUUAUAAUGGGUAAAUACAACAUGACUGCAAUUUUUCCCCUACAGAUUUGCAGGACAGAAAUUUAAUUGUACCCUAAUACAAGGACCUGUUAUGAAUAUAUUCUUUUAUUCAGAAAAGUUAUACACAUAGUUUUUGAUAUUUUGAUUUUUAAUUUUGAUUUUUUUUUCUCUCAAAGUCUAAUUUUUCUUCAAUUUAUUUUUUCCAUUAUGUUUUUGAGUUUUUUUUGAUAAUUGACUCAUACAACCCAGAACUCAACCACUUUGAGCUAAUUCAGAUGUUGACAGACACCCUUUUCAGGGGGGAUUGUAUUAUAUUUUUAUAAAAAAUCCAAGAUUUAAAAUUUUGUUGAGAAGAAUUUCAGGAAAAGAAGUUUGCUAACUCCUUGAAUCUAGAGAAUGAACUCUUUGAAGAAAGAUGCUUGCAGAAACCUACACUGCAUCAAGAAGAUCAGAAUGAAUUUUGGGUACAAUUGAUUGAACAAAAGGGGAUUGAACAUUUAUUGUAAAUGUAUACUUUUUUGCCAAAGGGGACUGCCCCCUAAUUUGGCUUUUGUCAAUGUGCCUAGAAAAACAUUGGUUUUACUUUCUCUUUUUCUAUUUCUCAUUUCUCUCUAUUGUAAUUUCCUCUUAGAAAGUAAAAUAUUGUAUACAUCUGUAGUUGGAAGUUUUUAUGGGUAAAAGAUGAUUCUGUUAAAUGAUCAAUGGGGAGACUAGUCUCCCAAUGAUCAUCAGGGGGGAUUGCGAAGAUUGGAUUUGGCUAUCUCCUGAUUGUAACAAUGAAGGUACUUAGCUAUUCCUUUAUUGGGAAGAUUGUAUUGUAAUCCCCAGUCUAUUUUUAGAUUUUAAUCUCCAAAAGUGUUAACUCAGUAUUUAAAGUAGAUCUACCCAUUUUAACUACAAAAAGGUGAAUUAACUACAAAAGGUGCAAACUAACUACAAAAGGUUUGAUCUAACAAAAAAAGGUAUAAUCUAACCAAAAAAGGUGUGAACACCCAUUUCAUAUAUUGAGUGGGCAGUCCUGGAGAGGAGUAUCUGCUGUGAUUGGUAGAUGUGAAAUUUAGGGGAGGUGACACAAGAGAAAAAGAUCUUUUAAUAGAGGACCACAGAGGCCAGGGAAUAGAUGAGGAACUCUGACUCAGAGUUGGACUGGAGGAUUAGUCUUUUGAAUUUGGAGUAAAGAAGAGUCACUCAGAGGAGAGACUCGAAGACAGACACUCAGACUUGGAGUGAAGACACUUGGCUUUGGAACUGGACCCCUAGAGGAGCUCAUGCAGGAGACCUCAGACUGCUUUCCUUUUAGUCAGUCACUAUGGUGAGUGAAAGUCUGACUUAGUUUCCCUGCCUUUCUUGAGGUGUGAACCUUCAAGAAAGGGCCAUCAUCUUGAGACUCUUUUACCUGAUUAAAGCCUUAACAUUUCUACCUGUCUCUCUCUCUGUCCCUCUCUCUCUCUCUCUUUCUCUCUCUCUGUCUGUCUCUCUGUCUCUCCCUCCUUUUAUCUUAUUCCUUAAUAUCUUCUCUCUAUUGUAAAAAUAAACUAUCAUAAAUUCCAUUUAUUGAAUAAUUAAUUUUGGGAUUUAGAAAUUAAAUCCCUGGUGACCACCAAAUUAUAUAUUCAGUCAAAACAAUAAAAAUUUAACAAUGA